GGGCAAAAGCCCCCUCAGUGAUGAAGCGCGGUGCUGGGGUGUGAAGGACCGACGGACAGACUGCACAGGCGGGCGCUGGUCACUGCUCCUGAGGUGGUGCAGCGGGUAGGACCUGGGAGCUGGGUUGCAUCGCAGCCAGCACUCGUUGGGACGUCCCGGGACCUGUAAUUCUCUUACCCUCGCAGAGUCCUCCUCCUGUCUUCCCGUCCGGGGUCCCGAAGAAGCAGCGAGCUACCCAGCAAGGGCUGGUAAUAAGGCACACCCCGGGCUCCAUGGCUCUAGUGGGGCGCGCAUCCCGGCUCCCGGGGCUCCCACUGCUCCUCCUGGCCGCUCUUGUCUACUUCGCCUCCUCGGAGGCACCAGUUGAUCACCCACUGAAGCCAAGAAAUGUGAGACUGCAGUCCACUAAGAGGGGCCUGAAAGUCACGUGGGAACCACCCAAAGAGGCAACCACUAGACCUGUGGAGUUUUACAACAUUGCCUAUGGGAAGUCACUGAAAAAUCUUAGCUACAUCAAGGUGAAUGGUGCUACGCACUCCUUCCUUAUUGAGGAUGUGGAGCCUGGGGUAGUGUACUUUGUGCUGGUUACUUCAGAGAACUACAAUGGAGUGAGCCGCCCAGUGUACAGAGCUGAAAGCCCACUUGGAGGUGAAUGGAUCAAGAUUGAUGGUUUUUCCAUUAAGGGUCCAGAACCACUUAAUGAGACCAUGACAGAAAAGGAAGUGCCAAACAAACCUAUGCGAGUUCGAGUCCGGCCUUCAGAUGACAAACUCUCUGUUCAGUGGAAAGCGCCACGUGCAUCAGGUAUAAAGAGUCCCCGUAGGUCCCAAGGUUUUCUCCUGGGCUAUGGAGAAAGUGGCAGGAAGAUGAAUUAUGUUCCUCUGACAAGGGAUGAGCGAGCACAUGAAAUUAAAAAACUAGCCUCUGAGUCGGUGUAUGUGGUCUCCUUGCAGUCUAUGAAUUCCCAGGGGCAGAGUCAGCCUGUGUACAGGGCUGCUUUGACCAAGAGAAAAAUUGAAGAGGAGGAUGAGCUUGAAGAGCCUGAAGACAUAAGUGUGCGAGUUAUGUCAUCUCAGUCAGUUCUUGUUGCCUGGGUGGAUCCUGUUUUGGAAAAACAGAAAAGGACAGUUGCAUCUAGGCAGUAUACUGUGCGCUAUCGAGAGAAAGGAGAAUCGGCAAGAUGGGAUUAUAAGCAGAUUUCUGGAAGAAGGACUCUGAUAGAGGACUUGAUUCCAGACACCAUGUAUGAAUUUGCAGUCCGUAUUUCACAAGGUGAAAGAGAUGGCAAAUGGAGUACUUCAGUCUUUCAAAGAACACCGGAAUCUGCUCCUACCACAGCACCUGAAAACUUGGAUGUCCGUCCAGUAAAAGGCAAACAAACAGCUGUCACCGCAUCUUGGGAUGCACUUCCAGAGACAGAAGGGAGAGUCAAAGAAUACAUUCUUUCAUACGCCCCGGCUCUCAAACCAUUUGGAGCAAAGUCCCUCACCUAUCCUGGAGAGACUACUUCUGCCAUAGUGGAUGGUCUGCAGCCUGGGGAACGCUAUCUUUUCAAAAUCCGGGCCGCAAACAGGAGAGGACAGGGUCCUCAGUCUAAAGCCUUCAUUGUCGCUAUGCCAACAACUGUCACCAAUGAUCCAAAUGCUCAUCAGAGAAUGAAUAUGGAAGACAAAUUGGAUCCUAAAAAGCCUGAGCCUUCACAAAAAAUCCCAUCACCACCUUCCUCUAAGCACAUUCAUUCAUCUCUUUCUCCCAAGGGGAAAGAUACAAAAACCCCACUUCCUGAUUUAAAAAAUAAGAUUUUGACUAAUAGUGAAGUCCUCAGUAAAUCUCAGCUACCCUCUAAAAAAAGAGCAGAAACAGGCUCUGAUCUCCAGUCAACAGAAGUCACUGAUGAUGACUUAGAUUCCCAUUCAGAGUCACCAACGUCACAGUCUAAGACCCAAGGUUCCAGGAGAAAUGGUAGGCCACCAUUACCAAGUGGAUCCUUUCCUUCUGUCUUAGGACCUGGCAAGACCCCAAUGAGAGCUCGAAUUCCCCUGUUAACCCGGAAGACAAACCUAGAUUCACAUGAUUCUUCAUCUUCCUCUCAGAAUUCACAGACUGCUUCCACAUCUCCAUCAUCUUCAUCUUUCCAGGUAUCUGAUGAUGAAACCAGGCACCAGAGAAUGCGUAAUUCUGAUUAUCCAUCUUCCAGAGUCACCUCUGUUAACCCAUCUCAUGAAAACACAAGUAAUGACCCUGUUGUUGAUGAUGAUGGUGAUGAAAAGAAAGAAGGACUUACUAAAGAUCUCCCACAUUCGAAAUAUCCUUCAUCUGGCAAGCCAGUUUCUAAUACUAUGGAGCGUUCUCGGUUGACUAUACCAUCAAAUCGACAGCUUGUCACACAGAGGGAGAAGAGUCCUACACGUGGUGAAGGAAAAUCACAUUUACCUGCUCAUACAAAUGCUCCAUCUGAGAACUGGGAGGAAAAAUCAAGUUUUCUGGUCCCAGCUACAAGAACAUCUUCCCAUGGGGGAACUUCAAGGACAUUGCCAACCAGAUUUCACCCUGGAUCUCAUUCUCGAGUGCUGAAAAAUGAUCAGGAGGCAAGAGCCAUCAACUCUGCCUUGCCAUCACAGUCCACAGUUUCUUCUCCAGCCCAUCAUACUCCCAGCCACUCACACCUCCCCUCAAUGAAGCAGACCCCAAGGGAAAGGAUUGGAUCUGAUGAUGAUGGCAAUGAAGACCAUGAUGUAGAAGAUAAAAAGAAGACAGAUUCUACCUCUUCUACAUUUCACUCCAGGUUGGCAGCAGGUCAGCCUGUCUCUGGAAACUUGAAUUUUCCCAGACGUAGGACAUUUUCUUCCAGUAGUCGAUACCCCAACAGGGCUGGCAGUAGUCAAAGUCUCCGGUCACACUCUUCUAGCUCUCCUCAAUCCACAACAUCAUCUAGGGUUCAUUCUCAAAAUAUUGCUGAUAAAGAUGAGGAGGAAAGGGAAGAGGAAGAUGAAGAAAGACCACUUACCUCUACUAUUGUAAAUGAUUAUCUGCCUUCCUCUUCUAGGCAGCCUACUUCACAGAGUUCAGAUCACAUAAGAAGAAUCCCCCAGAGAGUGUCAAGUGCUCACCGAAAAGUGCCCCUCACAGAAAAUGCCAAGUCUCCAGUAACUUCUCAAUCAUCUUCAUCUGAUGCACGCUCUCAGGACAAUUCACCAUCUUUUCCCAAUAAACUGCACCCACAAGAUACUCAUCAGAACACAGGAACAGAGGGGAUUCCUGCCAGAGUAAGGCCCUCUACAAGAUCUCAGCAUCCAUCAGGGUCCAGUGCAUCCACAAGGGUAACAAAUGUUCAGAACUCAAGAUCUGUAGCGGUUUCUUCAGAAAAGCAUCCAUCAUCACACCUUUCUACUUCUAAAGAACAACUUCAUGACUAUCAAGAUAAGGAAGUCGAAAAUCCAUUGUCUAAAUCAAAACAAUCUUAUUCCUCAUCACAAGAUAGUGUCCAUUCCAGCUCCAGUCCUUCUUUUAAAACAAGAGCUGGUCAGUCCACCUUUUCUACCAACUCUAGACGGCAGUUGUCACCUCAAGGAUCCCGACAGACCCAUCGGGAAUCUGAAAGCAGACAUGAUGAUAGCCAAAAUUAUAGCACGGAAUUGGAGGACCAAGAUGCCAGGAUUAAUACACAUUCUACCCAUCACAAGGAUAUCUCUUCUUCUGGAUCAUCUUCUACCUCAUCCCUUUCCAAACAACAGCAAAUAGGGGUUAAGUCUGGAAAUGCUGAUGAAAAGUCGCAAAGUAGACAUACCUCUUUACCUUCUUCCAGAGGCUCAGGUUCAUCUCUGCCAGGCAGCAGGUCCAGUAGUAACAGAGAAACCUCUGCAAAGACUACAUUACCUUUUCUUCAUUCUCGUGCUCGAGUUCCUAGCAGAACAACAUCUCAGGUGGAGAAAAAAGAUAGUCUAUACCAAUCCACACCAUCAAAAAUAGAACCUCCUUCUAAAAGUCCUCUCUCAUCUUCCCUGAAGUCUCAUCAGUCAGUCUCAAAUGAUGAUGAUGACGAUGAUGAGAGAGAGUAUACAAGAAGAGACAAAGAAGAAGAUUCUAUUUCCUCUUCAGUUUCAAAGUGGCCUUCUUCCUCUAGUGGUAAAUAUGCAAAUAGAAAUAUUGGUAAGGAUAAGGAGAAGCCUGUAAAUCCUCUUUUUCCUCAUAGAGUGAGAUCUAAUGAAGAAGACAAUUCUACUCCUUUAAAACGUCCUAUUCCUCCAUCAUUAGGCAGUACUUCAAGAGCCUCCCAAAUUCCUAAUGCCCCUUCAAAAUUUCUUCCACGAUCGCGUAGUACCCAGAGUCCCAUCAGCACUACAUCCUUACAUACUACCACCCAUGCCCCACUUACUUAUUCUUCUACUACACCCAUGCUUUCACUACGUCAACGUAUGCUAAACUCAAGAAUACGGAACCCACCUUCAAGAUACCCUGUGAGACCUCCAUACAGACCAGGUAAUAAUGGCAGACCAAAUGUAGAUGGGAAAGUACUUCCGGGUAGUAAUGGACAACUAAGUGGACAGAGAAUUAUCAAUGGCCCUCAAGGAACAAAGUGGGUUGUAGAUCUUGAUCGGGGGCUGGUGUUAAAUGCAGAAGGAAGAUACCUCCAGGACUCCCAUGGAAACCCUCUUCGGGUUAAACUAGGAGGUGAUGGUCGGACAAUUGUGGAUAUGGGAGGGACUCCAGUGGUGAGCCCUGAUGGACUCCCCUUGUUUGGUCAGGGAAGGCAUGGCAAGCCUUUGGCUAGUGCCCAAGAUAGACCCGUGUUAAGCCUUGGAGGGAAACCAUUGAUGGGUUUGGAAGUUAUCAAAACCACCAGAACACCCACAACUACAUCAACCAAUCGUCCCACUACAACAAUGUCAACUACAAGCAGAAGCACCACCACCACCACUAUUGCUACCACCACCACCACCACCCCUGAACCAACAACUCCUGAGCCAACCAUCCCAGUGCCAACUUGUCCCCCAGGCACUUUUGAACAACAUGAUGAUGAUGGUAAUUUAAUAAUGGGAGCAGAUGGCAUGCCUGAAUGCUACUCCGAAGAAGCAGAUGAUUUCUCAGGGUUGGAGACAGAUACUGCAAUACCCACAGAAGAAGCUUAUGUUGUAUAUGAUGAAGAUUAUGAAUUUGAGACCACAUUGCCUCCAACCACUACCAAGUCCUCAACUACUACAAUGUCUGUGCCAAAGGUCAUCUCACCAGAGGGGUCAAUCAGUUCUUUUCCAGAGGAAGAAUUUGAUCUGGCUGGAAAGAAACGAUUUGUUGCUCCUUACGUGACCUAUCUGAAUAAAGACCCGCUGGCUCCAUGCUCUUUGACAGAAGCUCUGGAUCACUUCCAAGUAGAAAGUUUGGAUGAAAUCAUUCCAAAUGACUUGACAAAGAAUGACUUGCCUCCUCAGCAUGCCCCCCGGAACAUCACUGUGGUGGCUGUAGAAGGAUGCCACUCUUUCGUUAUUGUUGACUGGGAUAAAUCCACUCAGGGUGAUGUGGUUACAGGUUACUUGGUUUAUAGUGCAUCUUAUGAAGACUUCAUCAGGAACAAGUGGUCCACCCAGUCUUCAGGGGUUACUCAUUUACCUAUUGAGAAUCUCAAACCAAAUACAAGAUAUUAUUUUAAAGUUCAAGCAAAAAAUCCCUAUGGUUAUGGGCCUGUCAGUCCUUCAGUCUCUUUUGUUACAGAAUCAGACAAUCCAUUGCUGGUUGUAAGACCUCCAGGUGGGGAGCCCAUCUGGAUCCCAUUUGCUUUCAAAAGGGAUCCCAGCUACACAGACUGCCAUGGGAGACAGUAUGUGAAGAGAACAUGGUACCGAAAGUUUGUGGGAGUUGUUCUUUGUAAUUCACUGAGGUACAAGAUUUAUCUCAGUGAUAAUCUGAAAGAUACCUUCUAUAGCAUUGGAGAUAGCUGGGGGAGAGGUGAGGACCAUUGCCAGUUUGUAGAUUCUCACCUGGAUGGAAGAACGGGUCCUCAGUCAUAUGUGGAAGCCCUGCCUACUGUUCAAGGUUAUCAUCGCCAAUAUCGUCAGGAGCCCGUAGAAUUUGGCCGGAUUGGUUUUGGAACACCCUAUUAUUAUGUGGGAUGGUAUGAGUGUGGUGUCUCCAUUCCAGGAAAAUGGUAACCCAGUCACCAGUGAAAGUCCAGGCCAUACCUCUCAGACCUGUCAAACUACUUUUACCAGGAGACUAUGAGAUCUUUGGAAGAAAAUAAAGACAACGGUUGAGAACUUCCCAAGUCCAGGUGCUCAGAAGACCUAAAGCCUCAAUCCUAUGCACAUCUCACAUCUUAAAUCUGGGAGUCGGCUUCAGUACUUGACCUGGGACCAAAACAGGAUUUGCGUUUGAUAUUCAAAUUCCACUUUGCUUCUCUGUUUUAUGUGUGUAUGUUUGUUUUUUAAAAUCAACACAACCCCAAAGAAAUAAUAAAUAAGCAACUGAAAUGGAUCGCACUUUUCCUCAAUGAGACUUUCAAACUUUACUAAGCACAAAAUUUGGACAUUUCAUGUAUCUCAAAGGCAUGACCUAAGCAUGCUGUGCUUGCUUAAUGGAAUGCUAAAUAACUUUCCAUUGUUAUUAAUGGAAUCCUCUGUAACUGGCAGAGUUUUAAGCUUCAGAGUUUUAUUUUAUAGUUUGUUUGUUUUUUCCUAUGCAACAAUGCUGAGCUACUAAAAAACCCCACUCAAUAUAGAGUCUACAUAAGCCAUGCUCUACCAGUUUGCCCACUGCUGGACUAAUACCCCAAAUCACAUUGUAAAUCCACAAGGUAUAUAUGUGUAUGUAUGUAUAUGCAUAUAUAUGUCUGCAAGAAUAUUACUUUGAAUUGCUAAAUUUUUUUCAUAUCUUCUAGAUAAAUGUUUCUCAAUUUUCAUGUAAAAGGUGCUGUUUAUUAACAGGUCUUUAAAAAAUGUUUCCAUGGAAUAUGUACUAUGGAUAAAAUAACAGCUGUGGAAAGGACUGUUCUUUUUGCAAAUACUGUUAACCAUCACUAAGUCAUCUGCAUGAAUACCAUAGCCAGUAGUGUUUCAAAGGAUCAUCUGGAUUUCUGGCCUCAAACUAAAUGUCUCAGUCCAGCUGUGUUUUCUUGAUUUUUUUUCCAUUUUUGUCACUUCCCUUGAUAUUUAAUUCUUGAACCUGAGGCUUUUUGUUUCUCUCUGCCAAAGCAUGAGUUCUUUUUAAAGACACACUAAUAAUCUUUAACUUAAAAAUCCAUAUACUUACAAAUAUGCUCAUUUCAUCAGCAUCUCUCAUACAGAUCCGUCUAAUAAGGCUAGAUACUGGGAACAUCCCACUGGAGACCUCUUUCCAAGUUAGCAUCAUUUCUUUAGUGAAUAUUGUAUCAUUUCUUUUCAUUCAGCAGGUUUCAAAUACACCUGAAUAUGCUACCAUAAGAAAGGUUCCAUCAUGCCCCAGGCAAAGGAAGGCACUAUACUGGAAUCCCUAAGUCCCACUGUUAUGUACCACAGUGGUCUAAAUAUAAUCCAUACUUCUUCCUUUCUACAUAUGGAAUGCAUAAAACCUAAGGGUAGCCUCUUAUUAGUUAUUUUCAAUAUUCAUCUAUAUAUUUUCCUUUCAAAGAGAUUUCACUGGAGCUAUAUUUGAGGGCAGCCAAUUUGGGUCCAAUAGGAUGAUUUGAUAGCAUAAUAAGCUCAGAUCCCUAAAGAAAAUUAUCACUGCUUUCACCAUUAUUGAUCUGGAUUGUACAAUCUCUAGAGGCUAAUAUGAUAAAGUGAAACCUGGCACACCUAGAAGGCUUUUGUCUUGAAAGCAAAGCUUGCUGAGGGAAUUGGAGAACUCUGCAGCAUCUAUGUACCAAAGCUUAACAGUGGCAGUGAAACCCUAAAGAACAAUGAUAAUAAAAAUAGUUCACAUUUACACAAUG